AUGCUUGUGGCUAGCCUUAAAUCUAAAUCAACUACCGAUCCGGAUCCAGAUAAAAGGGAUUUUCUUCGCAAAGAGUCGGAGCGACUCAUUGAACUGCUGAGCUCCGAUGUGCCCCACGGUGAAGAUCCGUUGGUUUAUCUCAUGCAACAGGCUCGGGACGCCAUAGCAGAUGUUCUGGAUCAGGAAUACGGUGCGUCCGUUACCGACCCGAAGAUUUUUGAUACGGUUGCCCGGCGAUUUGAAGCGGAAUUUCAUGCGGACAUGCUGGCUCUCAAUGUCCUCGAACCAGAUUUGUUGGUUCGCGUCACGGAAUUCAUCAAACCAAUUACAGAAUUCGUGCAAAAGAUUGUUGACAAUGGCUUUGGGUAA